CGUAAAGCUGUUCGGGCCGUCUCACCUGCUCCCGCCUCCCCGCGCCCCGGCCCGGCCCCGCCACCCCGGCCCCCCUCUCCUGCCCGCCCCCCGUGCCGGAGCCCGCGCUGGGCAGGGAGCCCAGCGGGCCGAGAGGCGGAGAGAAGAUGCGGCCGGCGGCAGCUGUCCCGAGCAGUGCACGGUGAUCGCCUCCCGGGGAGGAGGAGGAGGAGGAGGAGGAGGAGGAGUUGCCUACCAGACCGUUGCCACAUUUCUUGUUUUCCUCUCGUCCACCCUCCCACCCACCCCCCCACCCCCACCUUUAACUCCCCGUAAUUACAUUGGCUACUGGAAAGGGACUGGGAGAGUCAGAGGAGGCGCCUCGCGUUCCCCCCUCGCGCCCGCCACCCCGGCUCUUUCCGUCCCGGGCCAGGAUGACUGGAGUCUUUGACAGUCUGGUGGCUGAUAUGCACUCGACCCAGAUCACGGCCUCCAGCACGUACCACCAGCACCAGCAGCCCCCGAGCGGCGGCGGCGCUGGCCCCGGCGGCGGCAACGGCAGCAGCCUCCACAAGCCGCAGGAGUCGCCCACCCUCCCGGUGUCCACCGCUACGGACAGCAGCUACUACACCAACCAGCAGCACCCGGCAGGCGGCGGCGGCGGCGGCGGCGGCGGGGGCUCGCCCUACGCGCACAUGGGUUCCUACCAGUAUCACCCCAGCGGCCUCAACAACGUGCCCUACUCGGCCAAGAGCGGCUACGACCUGGGCUACACCGCCGCCUACACCUCCUACGCUCCCUACGGGACCAGUGCGUCGCCCGCGAACAACGAACCUGAGAAAGAGGAUCUCGAGCCUGAAAUCCGGAUCGUGAACGGGAAACCAAAGAAAGUCCGGAAACCCCGCACCAUCUACUCCAGCUUCCAGCUGGCGGCUCUACAACGGCGGUUCCAAAAGACUCAAUACCUGGCGCUGCCCGAGAGAGCCGAGCUGGCGGCGUCUCUGGGCCUCACCCAGACUCAGGUCAAAAUCUGGUUUCAGAAUCGCCGCUCCAAGUUCAAGAAGAUGUGGAAAAGCGGUGAGAUCCCCUCAGAGCAGCACCCCGGGGCGAGCGCCUCGCCCCCAUGUGCUUCGCCGCCCGUCUCGGCGCCCGCAAACUGGGACUUCAGUGCCCCGCCACGGAUGGGGGGCGGCGGCGGCCCGGGCAGCGGCGGCAGCGGCGCGGGCAGCUCGGGCUCCAGCCCCAGCAGCGCGGCCUCGGCUUUCCUGGGCAACUACCCCUGGUACCACCAGGCCUCGGGCUCCGCCUCGCACCUGCAGGCCGCCGCGCCGCUGCUGCACCCGACGCAGACCCCGCAGCCACACCACCACCACCAUCACCACCACCACGGCGGCGGCGGGGGCGCCCCGGUGAGCGCGGGGACGAUUUUCUAACGCCAGGGACACGGCGCCAGAGACUAAGCAGAGAACAGUGAUCCUCGGCGCCCGCUCCCUCCAUCCGUCCCCUGCCAGAGGACCCCGGCCAGCCGGGCGGCGGGCGCCUCCCUCCUCUCCCCAGAGGGGCGGCCCCCGGGACGGUCGGUGCCAGGUCCCCUGGUCCCAUUCCCACGCACGGCCACCGAGCGGCGGGGACCUGGGAGGCGGGCGCUCUUCCCAGAGAUUCCUAUCCGAGGAACCCCGCGGCAGCUCGGCGAAGGAGCCGCCUCUGCCGUGGCUCUAGCGACCUGAGCCUGGGCCUGGCUCCUGGGAGCGGCGCCGCGGCCGCCCUCCCCGCCCCACGCCGCCCCGCCCCGUCCCGCCCGGCGAGCCCGUCCGGCGCCUUCCUUGCCCCGGGCUGCGAGCCGCGUCCCCGCGCAGGACGCCUCCCCCGCCCGCCAGGCUUCCCGGGUGCUCAGAGGCCCCUUUCUCCUCGCCCGCCCCCAGGCUGCGCUCGGGUCCGCUAAGGUUCCUGACCUCCGGGGCUCAGCCCGCGCCCCCACGCCCCCUGACCCCGCCGGCCCGCCGCUUUGUCUCUGCCCUCCGGUCCGAAGCCCUUCGAACCCCCUCCCCCCCACACACCGCUUAGCUCGGCCCCACAUCCCCCAGGAACAGACCCUUAGCUCUCUCUCCUCAUCCAUCACCAGUGGAGUUUUUUUAUUUUUAUUUUUUUAAAAGUUUAGGUGCCUUUGCGGAUGACCUCAUUUUGAUGUUGGGGGAAAAAUGAUUUUUUAAUAUGUGGACACUGCAAAAAAAUGUGUUUAAAUUAUCUUUUUUAAAAACCUAUUCAGGAUUAUUAGCCUGGACUUCGACCUAGAGUUUGUAAAUAAAGGUGUCGUGCAGAUUUUCCCACCGAUUUAUUUGUAUAAAAAUACCCAUCUUUUUGACUUUUUUGUAAACCCCCCACUUGUGAAAACUGCUCUCAGCAGUGACCUCAGCAGCCCCUCCGUUUUAAUUUUCCGUUUAAAAAAUUUUCUUAGUUAAACUAAGCUACUGAUUUGGAUUUGUUUUUAUCUUAUCCUGAAGUCUUUGUUCUUGAAAGGUAUUUUGGGGUUAUUUAUUAUGAAAACGACAUGCUCUUAAUGUUGAUUUUACAAUAUGAAGAGAUUAUUUAAAUAAAUUAUUGUUUUCAUUGGA